AAAAUGAUUUUUUAUUAAGCUGAACUCUCUCCUCUCUCAUAUUGUAUGAUAUGACAGCUCUCUUUUGAUGGGAAAGCUUUCAUUUGGCCAGAGAAAGGGAUAAUUUGCUUCUUUUAAGGAGUUAAUCCUCUGGUCCAUUUCCGGGCUGGGAACAGCUAUCCUCCCCCUUCCUUGGAUCGGAGGCUGCAGCACAAUGGAGAUCAUAACCACCUCAAAUCUACACCCGAGAUGGAGAAAUCAGAUUUCCUUCUCCAGUCAUUUUUGUGGGAUUAGCUAAAUCUUAGAUCCACACUAACCCUUCACAAAGCUGCCAAGAUUAGUUAGAAUUUAUUUUAUUCACAGGGGGGUUUACGGUUUUCUUUCCAAAGGGAUUAUAUCUCUCUCUAUAUAUAUAUUUAGGGUGGCUUCAGUCAUAAAGCAGCUAGGUUAGAAUGAGAAAAGGUGCAUGUGUGUGUAUAGUCAGUUGAAAUGCCAAGACAAAGCAGCGGUUCUGGAUGGCUUUGCCAGUCCAUUUUAAAAGCUACGUAAGCUGACUUUUUCCAUGCGAGACUCCACUCCAGAGUUAUUGCAAGGAGAGCAAACCCCACUCAGGCUGAGCUGCCCCUUCCCGUGGCUGCUACUGCUGGAAGAUGAUGUCUUCAGAGACAGCAUCGGACGCCGACGCCGGCAGGAGAGGCCUCAAGAAGCCGUGUUCAUUCAGCAUCGAGGACAUCCUCUCCAGCCCAGCAGAGAAGAGCCCCCAGGUCCUGGUCCCACUGUGCCUCCGGAGCAUCUUGGACUGCGCACCCAAGGGGCUGUGUGAGCUGGAGACCAUCCCGGCCAGCUCCCUGCAGGAGGAGGAGGAGGAGGAGGAGGAGGAGGAAGAGAUGGAAGGGGCAGGUUGCAACUGCUGCUGCUGUUCUCACACGAGCACCCGUUCUCUGCAGGACUCACCGAGUUGGCUGGAUGCCCGGUUCCCCUGGCCCAUGCGGCUCUUCCAGUCGGCAGUCAGGGUCUGUAAGAGUCCCCAGGGGAACCCAAACGAGCUGCAGACUUUCCACCAGAUCCAGCGCCGGACGCGCCGGCAUCGCACCAUAUUCACCGAGGACCAGCUGCAGGCCCUGGAGACACUUUUCCAUCAGAACCAGUACCCGGACGUCAUCACCCGCGAGCAUCUGGCAAACCGCAUUCACUUAAAGGAGGAGAGGGUAGAGGUUUGGUUUAAAAAUCGGCGGGCCAAGUGGCGGCAUCAGAAGAGGGCAUCUGCUUCAACGCUGAUCCUUCAAGGCACCAAGAAGCCCUCUGAGGAGAGCUGUUAGUGGUCAAGCUGCAUCUCAGCAGAUGAACACUAAGAGCAUCCAUUUCCCAUGGCUGACAGGUUCUGUAGAGGGGUAACCCGAGGGGAACUUAAUGAAACAAAAAGGAAUCUCAAAUUCCCAGAGAAGGCAGACAGGUAAAAGCAGACAUGGCACUUUCACGUGCCAGUUUCUCUUCCAAACCUAGUUCACGUGGCAAAUAAUGCACCAGGCAUGACCCUUAGAUGCUUAAGCAGAAACCACUACCAAAAGCCCAUGCAUGGGACAGAGCUGGACCAGUGUUAAAUGUGCGUGCUUCAAGAGAAGCAGAGAAUCCCCUUCUUGUCUUUGCUCUGUGCAGGUAGUAUUUGUGCCUGUUUUACUACUGUAGAUUUGCAAAAUAUGCUGUAAAUGAAUGUUUCCUAUUUUCAGCACGUUGAUGGCAUCUAGAGUUGAUUUUGAGGGUCGAGCUUAACAGGACAGGCGAUUUGUUCCUGAACAACGAAACAUGUAUUUCUCCCUGCAGCCCGCGGGAGAGGUAACCCAUCUUUUGUGGUGAGAGGGGUCGGCACUGCCAGCAUUCAGCUCACCUCUGCACUGGUCCCCUGCCAGUGCGAGCGGUGUCUGUGUCCCUGGCAGGGCCAAAGAGAAACCACGUCCUGUGAAGCAGCGAGAUAAAUAAAACUGUCCCAUCA